CUUCGGACCUCAAGGUUCCUCUGGGCAGAGCGCCCCGCAGUCCCUCUUGGAAAACGGCCUGGGCCGGUGAUGGCCACGGCGAGCACAGGGCGCAGCGCCCCGGAGAUCUUUGCCACGAUGGAGUACGGACCAGCGCCGGAGAGCCACGCAUGCGCACUGGCCUGGCUGGACACCCAGGACCGGCAGUUGGGUCACUAUGUAAAUGGAAAGUGGUUAAAGCCAGAACACAGGAAUUCAGUGGUUUGCCAGGAUCCCAUCACAGGAGAGAAGUUAGCCACUUGCCUCCAGGGACAGGCUGAGGAUGUGAUGACAGCCUCAGUGGCAGCCAAGACUGCGUUCCACAACUGGAGCAGGCUCCCUGGAGCCUCCCGGGCCCAGUACCUGACCAGGCUGGCCAAAGUGAUCCAGAAGCACCAGCGGCUGCUCUGGACGCUGGAGUCCCUGGUUACUGGGCGGGCCGUUCGAGAGGUUCGAGACAGGGAUGUCUCCCUGGCCCAGCAGUUGCUCCAGUACUAUGCAGUCCAGGCGCACACCCAGGAGGAGGCACUGGCAGGCUGGGAGCCUAUGGGAGUAAUUGGUCUCAUCUUGCCACCCACAUUCUCCUUCCUUGAGAUGAUGUGGAGGAUUUGCCCUGCCCUGGCUAUGGGCUGCACUGUGGUGGUCCUCGUGUCCCCGGCCUCCCCAACACCCCUCCUCCUGGCCCAGCUGGCAGGGGAGCUAGCCCCAUUCCCAGGAAUCCUCAAUGUGGUCAGUUGCCUUGCCUCCCUGGGGCAUGUCCUGGCCUGCCUGCCUGGAGUCCAGAAGGUGGCCUUCUGUGGAACUGUCAAGGAAGGACGUGACCUUCGGCGGAGCCUGGCGGGCAAGGGCGCUGAACUGGGCCUGGCUCUUGGGGCCGAGUCACUACUGCUGCUGACGGAGGCAGCAGACAUGGAUUCGGCCGUGGAGGGCAUUGUGGAUGCAGCCUGGUCUGACCGCAGCCCGGGUGGCAUCAGGCUACUCAUCCAGGAGUCAGUGUGGGAUGAGACGAUGAGGCGGCUGCAGGCACGGAUGGAGCGGCUUCGGGGUGGCCGAGGGCUGGACGGGGCCGUGGACAUGGGGGCCCGAGGGGCUGCCCCAUGUGACGUGGCCCGGCUCUAUGUGCUCGAGGCCCAGAGCCAGGGUGCACAGGUGUUCCAGGCUGGUGAUGUGCCCGCAGAUAGCCCAUUCUUUCCCCCAACCUUGGUCUCUGACCUGCCCCCAGCCUCUCCAUGUUCUCAGGAAGAGGUACCGUGGCCUCUGGUUGUGGCCUCCCCAUUCCGCACAGCCACAGAGGCACUGACCAUAGCCAACGGGACACCGCGAGGAGGCAGUGCCAGUGUGUGGAGUGAGAGAUUGGGGCAGGCCCUGGAGCUGGCCUACGGGCUCCAGAUGGGCACAGUCUGGAUCAAUGCCCAUGGCCUCAGAGACCCCGCAGUGCCCACAGGAGGCUGUAAGGAAAGUGGGUCUUCCUGGCACGGGGGCCCGGAUGGUCUAUAUGAGUACCUGCGGCCUUCAGGGACCCCUGACCGGGUGAUCUACCUUUCUGAGAGUCUGAGCUACGACACCUUUGGCCUUGCUGUCCCCCCAACCCUACCAGCCGGGCCUGAAAAGGGGCCCAGCCCAGCACCCCCGUAUGGGAUCUUCGUUGGGGGCUGUUUCCAGGCUCCUGGGGCCCGGAGCUCCAGGCCUGUCCGGGAUUCACAGGGCGAUCUCCACGGCUAUGUGGCUGAGGGGGGAGCCAAGGACAUCCGAGGUGCUGUGGAGGCCGCUCACCAAGCUGCCCCUGGCUGGGUGAGCCAGUCACCAGGGGCCCGGGCGGCCCUGCUGUGGGCUGUGGCCGCCGCACUGGAGCGCCGGGAGUCCACCAUGGCCUCGAGGCUGGAGAAGCUCGGCAUGUCGCUCAAGGCCGCCAAAGCAGAGGUGGAUCUGAGCGUGAGGCGGCUUCGGGCAUGGGGGGCCCGUGCCCAGGCCCAAAGCCACACAUUGCAGGUAGCAGAGCUGAGAGGCCCUGUGCUGCGGCUACGCGAGCCACUGGGCGUGCUGGCUAUCGUGUGCCCAGACGAGUGGCCCUUGCUGGCCUUCGUGUCCCUGCUGGCCCCUGCCCUGGCCUACGGCAACUCAGUGGUCUUGGUGCCCAGCGGGGCCUGUCCCAUCCCUGCCUUGGACGUCUGCCAGGAGAUGGCCACCUUGUUGCCAGCAGGCCUGGUGAAUGUGGUGACAGGAGACCGCGAUCACCUGACCCGCUGCCUGGCCUUGCACCAGGACAUCCAAGCCAUGUGGUAUUUCGGAUCUGCCCAGGGCUCCCAGUUUGUGGAGUGGGCCUCAGCAGGAAACCUGAAGCCGGUGUGGGUGAGCAGGGGCUGCCCUCGGGCCUGGGAUCAGGAGGCCGAGGGGGCAGGCCCAGAGCUGGGGCUGCGGGCAGCACGGACCAAGGCCCUGUGGCUGCCCAUGGGGGACUGACAUCUAAGCACCGCCCACAGAGAAGACAUGGACCCCAAACGCACCAGGCACCUAAAGCUUUCCUUUCAUUACUGUUCCUUUGCCCUCCAAUAAACUCUCAGUAACCUUGA